GGCGUCUGCGCCCGGGUCUCCGCGCGGCCGCCCGCCCAGCCGCAGUCCGCAGGAGCCGCCGCCGCAGCUGGCCGCGGGGCAGGAUUCCGGGGCCGUCGCAGGGAGCGCAGCUCGGCUCUCCGCUCCUCGUCGCGUCGGUCCGCUGGCCGGGUCCCGCUGACCAGCUCGCCUUCCGGCUCCGAACCCAGGCUCCCACGGCCGCCGCAGGGACCCGCCCACUAGACCCUGCCCUGGCCGUCCGUCUGCCUGUUUGGACCCUGCCGUUGAUGACACCUGGCAGAAGGCUACCAUGGAAGGGGAUGGUUCCGACUCGCUGGUUACGAUUAAGAAUAUCGAAAGAGAGCUCAUUUGCCCAGCAUGCAAGGAGCUGUUCACCCACCCGCUGAUUCUCCCUUGUCAACACAGUAUCUGUCAUAAGUGUGUAAAAGAGCUCUUACUGACCCAUGAUGACUCAUUCAAUGACGUGGGAUCGGACAACUCCAAUCAGAGCAGUCCUCGACUUCGGCUCCCGUCCCCUAGCAUGGACAAAAUUGACAGAAUUAGCAGACCAGGCUGGAAGCGCGGUUCCCUGACCCCUAGGACAACCACUUUUCCUUGCCCCGGCUGUGAGCACGAUGUGGAUCUGGGAGAACGAGGAAUCAAUGGUCUGUUCCGCAACUUCACUUUGGAAACUAUCGUCGAGAGGUACCGGCAGGCCGCGAGGGCGGCCACAGCCAUCAUGUGUGACCUCUGUAAGCCACCACCCCAGGAGUCCACCAAGAGUUGCAUGGACUGUAGUGCGAGCUACUGCAACGAGUGCUUCAAAAUUUACCACCCUUGGGGUACAGUGAAAGCUCAGCACGAGUAUGUGGGUCCAACCACUAACUUUAGGCCCAAGAUUUUAAUGUGCCCAGAACAUGAAACGGAGAGAAUAAACAUGUACUGUGAGUUAUGUCGGAGGCCAGUUUGUCAUCUCUGUAAGUUGGGCGGUAAUCACUCCAAUCACCGGGUGACCACCAUGAGCAGCGCCUACAAAACAUUAAAGGAAAAGCUUUCAAAGGAUAUUGAUUACCUUAUUGGCAAGGAGAGCCAGGUGAAGAGUCAAAUUUCUGAACUAAACUUGCUAAUGAAAGAAACAGAGUGUAACGGAGAGAGAGCAAAAGAAGAAGCAAUCACACAUUUUGAGAAGCUCUUUGAAAUCCUAGAAGAGAGGAAAUCAUCUGUUUUGAAAGCAAUUGAUGCUUCUAAGAAACUAAGACUAGACAAAUUUCAGACCCAAGUGGAGGAAUAUCAGGGGCUUCUAGAGAACAGUGGGCUGGUGGGAUAUGCCCAAGAAGUGCUUAAGGAGACGGAUCAGUCCUGUUUCGUACAGACAGCAAAACAGCUCCACCUCAGAAUACAGAAAGCUACGGAAUCUUUGAAGAGCUUUAGACCCGCGGCUCAGACUUCUUUUGAAGACUAUGUUGUUAAUACAUCUAAACAAACAGAACUUCUUGGAGAAUUGUCCUUUUUCUCUAGUGGCAUAGACGUGCCAGAGAUCAAUGAGGAACAGAGCAAAGUGUAUAACAAUGCUCUGAUCAACUGGUACCAUCCCGAGAAGGAUAAAGUGGAUAGCUAUGUUCUUGAAUAUCGGAAGAUUAACAGAGAUGAAGAAAUGUUGUCUUGGAGUGAGAUCGAAGUGUGUGGCACGAGCAAAGUCAUCUCAGACCUGGAAAGCAAUUGUAACUAUGCUUUCAGAGUCAGAGCCUACAAGGGUUCGAUCUGCAGCCCUUGCAGCAGGGAGCUGAUCCUCCAUACCCCUCCAGCUCCAGUUUUCAGUUUCCUCUUUGAUGAAAAAUGUGGCUAUAAUAAUGAACACCUCUUGCUGAACUUGAAGAGAGACCGCGUAGAGAGCAGAGCUGGGUUUAAUCUCCUGCUCGCCGCGGAACGCAUCCAAGUGGGUUAUUACACAAGCCUGGACUACAUCAUUGGAGAUGUUGGAAUUACCAAGGGGAAGCACUUCUGGGCCUUCCGUGUGGAGCCAUAUUCAUACCUGGUCAAAGCAGGAGUUGCUUCCAGUGAUAAACUACAGGAAUGGCUCCGUUCUCCCCGCGAUGCCGUUAGCCCAAGAUACGAGCAAGACAGCGGCCAUGACAGUGGAAGCGAAGAUGCGUGCUUUGAUUCCUCACAGCCGUUCACAUUGGUCGCCAUAGGCAUGAAGAAGUUUUUCAUCCCCAAGUCCGCCACUUCCGCCAACGAACCUGAGAACAGAGUUCUCCCCAUGCCCACGAGCAUAGGGGUUUUCCUUGACUAUGAUAAAGGCAGAGUGGCUUUCUAUGACAUGGAUCACAUGAAAUGCCUUUACGAGCGCCAGGUGGACUGUUCGCACACCAUGUACCCAGCAUUUGCAUUAAUGGGCAGUGGAGGAAUUCAACUCGAGGAACACAUCACGGCAAAGUACCUAGAAUACCAAGAGCACAUGUAGUUUAAGCAUCUGUGACUUAAGGUGGAAAAGGGAAACAGAAUAAUGCCUUGGUGUUAACCUUCGUAACUAAUUACAUAUCAUCAAAGUAGUCUGUGGCCACACUUGUUUUUGUGUGUGUUUCUUCUUAAAAUCGGAAAACCCAAACAGUCCUGCCUCGUCCGUGUCGUGCCUCGUCCGUGUCGUUGUCCCGACUUGCACAAGCCAGGGGAGUAGAGACACUCUUCUCCUGGUUAACUCUGAAAUGCUUAACUCUGUAACUGGAUUGUGUUUCUUUUUUUUUACGAACAGGAAAUCUAAUUUAUUUAUGUCAGCCCUGUUGCUGAUACUUAUAUUUCUUUUUUGGGGGGGGGGGAUACAAAAGUAUUUAUUAUGUUUCUUUUGUGUUUGGUUUUUCAUUUUGUAUCAUGUUUGUCUUGAUUUUUUUAGAUGCCUUACGGGUGGGAAUUCAUACUUAGCCUUGUGUCUCGCAUGUUUUUCAUAGGAAAACAAACCUAUGGAUAGGUAAAAAGGCCAUAGAAAUGGUAGUAUAUUUAAAUGGAAAAUUAUGUAUUUUGAGGUGUAUAAUGGAUAUUCAGAGUAUAUUCCCUGGAAAAUGAAUACUGCUUUUCGUUUUCUUUUAAGACUUCAAAUUGUAUUUUUAAGGAUAUUUUGAAGAGUUCCCUUAGCUGUCAUGUUCCACACCUGCAUGUGUAGUAGUUAAAAAUGGUUUUUUGUUUUUGUUUCUGUUUUUGUACUUUUGCAGGGAACAAAGAGUUCUUGGCUAACACACGGAACUUUUCACUUCAUGUAAAAUUUGUCUUCAAUUUUUCCUACUCUAUGAUUAUCUGAGCUUAUAGCAAAUAAUUUAUUUUCACAAAUAUUAGUGACGAUUCACUGAUAUUUGGCAUAUUCUUUUGCCCUCUUAUCAUGUCCUAUGAUUUAUGAUUUUCAUUUUUUGGCACUGAUAAUAUAUAUAUCAGAUUGUCCUGGCUUAUGUUUACAUGUUUGGAAAGUUCAUGAUUUCUUUUUAAUGUCAUUAAAUUAUUCUAAAAUAUGGAGUAACUGGUCAGUUGGAUGUUAUUUUCUGUGGCCCAUUGGUAAUAAGCAUUUGUAAAAGUAAGUAAAAGACAGAUUUAGUUGUUAGGAAUAAUAACGAAAAUCAUAGUGACUGUGUGUACCCAUUUAAAAGUUCUUUGAUUUGCAGAAUUAAUGCUUUAGUUGAAAUUUUUUACAUUCAUUUUUGAAAGAUGCCUUUUACUUAGAUGUUUUUUAUUUAAACUGCUUAUUUUUUAGAAGUUAAAAUGUUCAGAAGCUAGACUGCUAUACAUUGUAGCACUCAUGAUUUUGAAAGGCUUUUGACCUAUUUUGAUAGACCAACCAAAAUCUUAGGCCUUACCUGGUUUCCUUGUUAGUUUUUAAUAUAUAUUUUUAAGUGGAAGUCUGUUCUUCAGGCUGGUAGCAUCAAAUUAGCUUUUUUAUCCCCAACCCAAGUAGGAGAUACUGUGGUGAAAUUCAGUGUUGCGUAGACUUUGUUACUUUCCCACCGAUGAAUAGCACUUUACGACAUAGGCUGAACUAAACACAUCCGCAGUGUUAACGUGGAUCAUUGUGCAUGAAGGCUGCUGAAGUCACGUGUGGGUAAGGUUUGAGUCUCAAGCCUGUGUAAGCACAUACCCUGUAGACAUUUUAAACAUAAAGCUUUAACGGGAAUAGGGAAGGCGCGUAAAACCUUGUAUAGUUGUAUAGAAAUCGUUCUCCUGGAUUCCUUUCGUUUUUAAUAAAAAUUGAAAUAAGUGUAAUUAUUGAACUGCAUCCUGGCAAUUCUCAGUGUAUUUAUGUGGAAAAUGGAGACAAAUUGUUAAAGAGAUGUUCAGCUGAAUAUAUUAACUCAGAGCUAAGGUUUUACGUAAAGUUGUUUUGGGCAUGUACUUACUAGCUCUAACUCUUGUCGAAGUGAUAUUAGAACAGCUUAACGUGAAAUUAGCUUACCUCAGCUAAUUGAUCAGAUUGUCUCCUAUUCCUUUUCUGCUCCAUAAUCCGAUUUUGAUCAGAAGACUGUUCCUUUAGUUCACAUUCGUACUCUGGGGCAUCAGGCUCUAGGAGUUGUGUGUCACAAUGAAUUGUUACUCAUGCUUGAUGGGUCUUCAUUUUUUUUUAAAAAAAAAGUCAAUUCCAGGCUAUCCCCGUGAUACUGUAUAAUAACCUAAUUCUCAUAUUCGCAGUUGCUUUCGGAAAAGUAGGAGGACUCAGAGCUAUCUCCAAGGCACUGAAUACACUCUGGGUCGUCAUCUGAUUAGACCCUGGGAGUGUGUCCCAUGUGGGAAUAUCAUCAGUCCUGGCCUUGCUACAGAAAGUGGAGAACCAAGCAUUAAAGGCAAGAAUCUGCAUAAGAAAUUUCGACCAGACAGGUGUGCAUUCAUUUUAGAGGAUCUUUACCGUCUUGUUAAUGGCGAUUAACAUCCUGAGAACUGAAGUU